AUGGAGAGCGGCCAGCUGCAGCAGGCGAGGAGGUCGGGUGGUAGGGGUAAGAGGAGUGAGGCCGUGCAGGUGGUGGACGGGUCGGAGAUCAGGGAGCUGGUGGAGAACAAGGAGGCCUUCGCCAAGUUUGUGGAGAGCAAGUUCCGGCACCUCGACCGGGACGGCGACGGCCGGCUCUCGGUCAGGGAGCUCCAGCCUGCCGUCGCCGACAUCGGCGCAGCCAUCGGGUUGCCCGCCAGGGGGUCGUCGGCUACGGCGGACCAUAUCUACUCGGAGGUUCUUAACGAGUUCACUCACGGGAAGAAAGACUCGGUGAGCAAGUCGGAGUUCCAGCACGUCCUGUCCGACAUACUCCUUGGCAUGGCAGCUGGGCUCCAGAGGGACCCCAUCGUGAUCCUUAGGAUGAACGGGGAAGAUCUGACUGAGUUCAUCGAGAGCACAACAUACGAGCCAGAAGCAGUCGCCAUAUUCUCACAAAUUGAGUCCAGAAACGCGUCAGUGCGACAAUCCUUGUCAGCCGCCCUCCGACAAUUGACGGUCGACCACGGCAUUCCACCGCCUUCUGAUUCUCUGGUUGUGGAGAGUAUCAUCGAGCCUGCAUUGCAAGAACUGCCAGCAGAUGAGCUCGAUCAACCGGUGUCGCAAGAGGUCUUCUUCCAAGAAUUCAGGAAGUACUUGGGGAUCAUCGCUCGGCGACUCCAAGAACGCCCUAUAAUUGUGGCUCAUACUGAGAACACCUUUGAUGGGGCCGGAAUUAGGAAGCUACUGUCAAGCAAACAAGAGUUCGACAAGCUCUUGGACUCUGUCUGGAGAGAUGUACCAAAAGAACACAAAGACAGAACAUCGAAGAAGUACCUGCGCGUCGCGCUCGACAGGAUGGCCGAUUCCGUAAAACUACCACCCUAUGGAGCCGUUGAUCAGGUGGAUGCGGUGGUCAAUGAGGCGUUCAAGAUGGCAAACGCGGACGAUGGGAAGCCGGUGGAUGAGGCCGAGUUCAAGAAGUUGCUGACGGAGAUCCUCGGGGCAGUGAUGCUGCAGCUGGACGGCAACGCCAUCUCCGUCUCCACGAACACCGUCCUCCACGAGCCAAUGUCCACUUCCUCAUCCACCUUGUUGUCGCCAUCGCCGCCGUCGCCCAUGGUGUCAUCGCCCAGCGACUAG